AUGGCGCCAGCAGUGGUCGGAUCACGCUUUGACCAGCUUCCUUCUGAUGUGAUAGACAUCAUCACGGAGAAGAUCCGUUGCGACUGCCUGCAAAGCUUCCAGGCCCUGAAGCGAACCAGCCGCAGUCUGCGUCAGUCCGCACAGCGGUGCAGCAAGGCUCUGAUCCUGACGCCUUCCAGGCGCUGCAAGAACGGUCUGUUUGUGCGUCAGAAAGCGACUUCAAAGAGCGCAUCAAAGACAUCGAGGCUUCCGAAGAAGAUCCUGUCGCAAGAGUUGAGCCAGUGUGCUCAGGUAUCCAAGCUGGUGGUCAAGAGAAUCACAUGCUUCAGAGCGGGUCGCAACUCCUCCAUUUUGGACCCACUGAUUUGCAUGCCCUGGAGGGACAUUGAAAUAGACGGACUAUGUCGUGGCGAGAACCGCAGAACUUUUCUGAGGAGCCAAUGGGGAGAAGGGUUUCCGGAGGAGCAGAUAAUCCUCCGUUCUGCAGCCAGCCUCAAAGAAUUGAUCCUUAUAGACUUUGAUUUCGUGGGAAUGAAGGGUAUCACACCUUUGUUGCACAAACUUCCUAACCUCGAGACUCUGAAGGUGGGAGGAUUCUACUUAAGAGGCUACCCGGAAUGCCUGGUGCGCAGCUUUGCGAAGCACGAAUGCCUGAAGACGUUGGACGUCGCAGACUUUGCCUGCCGGAAUCGUGGCUUCUUCAUGGCCCCCUCGGAUCAGCAGUUGGUCCCUGAGAACGCGAUCCCCACGCCGAAAAAUGAGAAGGCAAAACAGAGGAGCCUCCAAUGGAUGUGCGAGCAGAGCGGCAUACCACAAGGGCUGUCGGAGCUCGAAGCAGUCAGUUUCGAGAUAGAAGAGAAGCCGGGGGAGUGGCAGUGCAUCAAGAGAGUUUGUAGGCAGUAG